AUGAACCGUGUCGCUUCAGUUUUCCUGGGUUUAUUCAUCAUUCCGGCCUCUUGUGACUUUCCUCCUGGUUCUUGUGAUGGAUAUACCAACUUAACUGACCCCUGGCGAAACCGAGGCUUUUCAUCCACAUCUUUCAGUGGCUUCCCCAAAGAUGAUGGUGAUCUUGUUAACAAAUGGUGGCGCUUCACAGGGGUUGGAGGAGACAGAGUUAUCGAAACCUGUCUUUCACCAAACUUUGGUGGCACAAAUUAUCCAAUAUAUCUUACUCCUGGACUUCCAACGAAUGAAUCUGUGACCUCAACAAAAAUGACUGCAUAUGUUUACUAUACUGGAUGUUCUAGUUACAGUCUUUCAGUAAAUGUGGUGCUCUGUCCUGGAGGAUUCUACUUGUAUCAACCACUGGGUCACCCUUUGAGCGGUUCAGGAUACGUGACCUAUCACUCUAAGUGUCAGUCAGACUCGUGUGGACCACUUGCUAAGUGUGGAUUGCAAGGGGCGUGCACGUGUAUUACUGGAUAUAGAAUUCCCUCAAGUCACCGACCUGCCAAUGAUGCAUACGGUUGCAUUGACAUUAACGAGUGCCAGGAGACUUCUGGGAUUUGUGGUCCUAACGCCAUUUGUGCCAACACCGUGGGGUCAUACACCUGCACCUGUAUUCAUGGAUUCAUACCAACAGAUGCUUCUCUACCAAUAAACAAGUCCAACCCCUGCAAGGAUAUUGACGAAUGUCUUGAAGAUGUGUGUGGCGAAGGAACCUGCCUCAAUAACCUUGGAAGUUUUACAUGCGACUGCAAUGACGGCUACCACAACGUAGUGAAUGCGACUCCUGUUUGUCAUGAUACUGACGAGUGUUUCAACUCAACUAUCUGUGGCCCCGAGUCUGUAUGCACCAACACACCUGGAGCUCAUACCUGUAACUGUGAAGUGGGAUUCAUACCAACUGUACCAUCUGAGGAACCCAACAUGACCAAUAUUUGCAUCGAUAUUGACGAGUGCAUUGAUCAUCGUGGUAUCUGUGGACCUUAUUCAAACUGCACAAAUACAUUUGGAUCUUACUCCUGUACCUGCCUGUCUGGUUUUCGACUGAACAGGCCAGAUAUCAUAGCCAGCGUGAAUAACCCAUGCACAGACAUAGAUGAAUGCAGUGAGACACCCGGUCUGUGUGGUAAACAAACUGUGUGUACUAAUGCACUGGGCACCUUCUACUGCUCUUGUCCUGAUGGAUACUUCCCCUCAACUGGAAUCGUGUGGACAAUGGGCACCACAUAUUGUAGAGCGCUUCAGGAUAUUCUAGAUGAAAUUGAACCCCCCAAGGGUCAGACAAGAGAAAGUGCUUUCCUUGGCAAUAUGGAUAAACAGCUGAAGAACAACACAAAUAUGGUCUUGCCAGAUGCGACUGUAGCAAACAGCUUUUUUGCAGCUAUGGAAGUGUCAGGUGUUAAGCCACUUAGCAGGUCAGCCAGUGUGAGUAGUGCAGGAGACGGGAAGACCGGCACUGUGAUCCUUGGCAUCGCAGAGAGUCUAAUCACCUCAAUGCUUCCACCAAAUGAGAACCAGACCAUAAAAGAAGUGCAGACCCCAACAGUGGAUUUGAGCCUGCAGGAAUUUCGUCCAGGGAGAAGUUUUAACAGCAGCACCUCCCUCUCCACCAAAGGACAGCUCAUGGAAUUAAACUUGGAGGCUCUAGCCGAAGCCAACAAUGGUACUGCAACAGCUGCCUUUAUGACACUGAACGGGAUGGAGAGUCUCCUUAGUCAUCAGUACUUCCAAACAGAGAACAAGACGGAGAUGUAUUCUGACGUUUUCACCGUCAUAUUACCCAAAAUGAACAACACCAACCUUACAGAGCCUGUCAACUUCACUAUCCAGCAUAAGGAGAGAAUGCCAGCUUACGGAAUGCCCACUUGUGUGUACUGGGAAGGCAAGACCACAGAGGAAGAUGGAGGAAAUGAGAAGGAGACCUUGCGUUGGUCAGUAGACGGCUGCUGGGUUACCUACACUGAUGAAAACACCACGGUCUGCAGCUGCUCUCACCUUUCCACCUUCGCCCUCAUCAUGCAGAUCGGAGAGCCUGCUCCAAAGGAUGAUUUCUUAGAGUGGCUGAACCGGAUGUGUGUGAUUGUCGGACUAUUCUUCUUCGCUUUGGCCAUCCUCUCAUUCCUCCUGUGUAGCUGGAACCCCAAAAUCAACAACACGGCUCGUCUUCACCUCUGCCUUAGCCUCGGCAUGUCUCAUCUGCUACUGCUGUGGAGCAACGAAUACAUCGCACAUGAGCGGGCCUGCACUGCCAUGGCAGGGAUUCUCCACUUCUUAAUUGUUGCAAGUUUUGUGUGGAUGUUGCUGGAGGCCAUACAACUCUACUUGCUGGUCCGAAGGCUCACCAAGGUCCAGGUCAUCCAAAGAGACGGCCUCCCUAGGCCUCUACUUUACGCCAUUGGCUACGGUGUUCCAUUUGUGAUCGUGGGCGUUUCCGCGCUGAUAUAUUCAGAGGGAUAUGGGCCUACUGAAGCAGAUGCGUGCUGGCUAUCUAGCGAACGUCAUUUCAACUGGGCUUUAACAGGCCCUGUGCUUGCUAUCCUUGGAAUGAAUUGCAUGUUGUUCUGCGCGACUCUGUGGAGUCUGAGGCCCACAUUGGCCAACAUGAGAAGUGAUGUUUCUCAGUCCAAAGACACGAGGUUGAUUGUGUUCAAAAUCCUGGCCCAGUUUGUCAUACUGGGCUGUACGUGGAUCCUGGGCCUGUACCAGUCAAACCUUUUCUUCCAGAUUCUCUUCAUCUUCCUCAACUCCCAGCAGGGCACAUUCCUUUUCAUCGUGCACUGCUUGCUCAAUAAGGAGGUGCGAGAGGAAUAUGUGAGGUGGCUGACCUGCUCUUGUAAAAAAGAAAGAACUGUGGAGAAAGAUCUACCUUCGGUCUCUGAGGACUUGGACAAGCCGGAGGAAGCGAAAGAUGGCGGACGGAAGGUUGAUUAGCAACCUGGGGACAUAGCCGACAAAAUGAUCGUUGUUAAGUUAUUAUUUAUGCUCUUACUCAUUUCACAUGUAGACUGUCAGGUAAUGUUAUUUUACCAAUAGCUAUAUCCAGGUGUAUUUAGGUUCCACUGAAGUUUGAUUAGUUGUACAAUAAAACAGCAAUUUAUAUAGUGCUGACAUGUAACUGAUGUAGCAGCUGCUCCUCAGAGGCUUUUUGUCAUUGUUACAUUCCUUCUUAUUACAGUAGAGGCCCAGUAGUAGUUCUCACCAUCGCCGUAAUUUGCUUGGGCGUGGAAUGGCUCACCUGCUGCUGGGUGUGUUCAGUCGCCAAAAAAUCCUACUUGUUUUCGUUUGCAUUGUAUUUACAUAAGGGCUAAGACACUUUGAGGUGUGUUCAAGUUUACAAGGCAAAAUAAAGAGACUUGUAAAACACAUACUCUGCAAUUUACAAAGCUUCAAAGCUUGGAAUUAUACUGUAACUACAACUCUGCUUUUUAAUCAUGGAUGAUCCGCUACGUCGUUAGCAGCUCAGGUUCAGCUCAACCAUUGAGUUCUCUUUCCUUUUAAAGCUACCUGACUCGUCGUUUGCUAACUUUAUAUAAAGAAAGGGCUGUCGGAGACAAAGAGUAAAAGCCACGUGUUCAGGAGGAAAAGGGCUAAGUUUGGCGCCUUAGAAAGCCUGGUCAUCUUGACAGCUGUACUUAGCUGCAGAUUAUUUGCCAUGCUAGGGCCUUGUUGUUUUAAAAGCGUCAUCGGAUUUCAAAGAUUAGCCAAAGCGGGAAUGUUUGUUCCCGAUAGAAAGAAUUAAUUGGG